AUGCCACCGCGGGUACCCGUCUCAUCGCUCCGGCGACAAGCCCUGCGAUGCCCAUAUGAACUUCGGAUUGCCAGGCUUGCCAGCACCGCUGCGGCGGCCAUCACACCAGCUGCGCCAAUUGAGCAAAUGACACGCUCGCCAGCCCCAAUUGCGCGUACUCCUCCCACUCAGCCACCAUCGCAUCGCAGUCCUGAAUAUCGCCGGUCCCAACUUCUGCGGCAAUACACCUCCCUCCUCCGCACCUCCCCUCUCAUGGUGCUUUUCCAACACAACAACCUGAAGUCCACGGAAUGGGCCGCCAUUCGACGAGAGUUGACCAAGGCCUUGCGGAAGGUUGAUGAGAAGAUUGCCGCUGAGGGUCGGACAUCUCCGGAACUGGCUUCCUACAUCAAGUUGCAAACUGUCCAAAACAGCAUUUUCGAGGUGGCCCUGCGCAUCGUCGAAUACUUCCGACCUAGCGAGGCCGCGUUGGCUGCCGGCAACCCCCCUAGCGCCGUCGACCCCGUCACUCAGACUUCUGCCGAAAUCCCUGCUGUCUCUGGCUCCAGGGAUGACCCUUCCCUGACCCACGACUUGUCUCGCGCUGCUCACAUUGCGGUGAAGAACAUGAAGGGCAAACACGAGCUUGCCGAGAUCCUCACUGGCCCUGUGGCCAUUCUCUCCAUUCCCACUGUCUCCCCCGAACAUAUGAAGGCGGCACUCUCGAUCCUCACGCCCAAGGAAGCCGGAUUCCCUGCACCCACUCGCAAGGGCAACCCGGACUACCAUGACCCCGUUGUCCAGAUCGGUCUACAGAAGCUGAACCUACUAGGUGCUCGCGUUGACGGCAAGGUGUUCGACAUCGCCGAGACCAAGUGGGUAGGCAGCAUCGAGGGUGGCAUGGAUGGCCUCCGCUCCCAGCUUGUCAUGGCUUUACAGAGUAUGGGCUCCAGCGUUACCAACACUUUGGAGGGAGCCGGUAAGAGCCUUUACUUCACCAUGGAGAGCCGAAGAAGUGUUUUGGAGGACGAGCAGAAGGGCGAGGGCGAGAAGAGCGAAUCGUCCUAG